CCCGCACGGCGCAGCAGCAAAGUCGUUUCGAGUCAAGUCAACUCGCACCUGCUCGCGAAAGCUCGAGAAAUACACGUAGCCGUGAAAACAGCUCAAAUGAACUUGUAGUUAUUUACUACGAGAAAUUGAAUCAAUUAAAUAUAAGGUUAAACAUCAUUUAGUACAUAUAAGAAUGGCUGAUACCGCGAGCAAUGGAUCAGGCGACAGGACUGCAACGCCAGAAAAAGGAUGGGAGAAUUUAAAACAGCACGUUAUCGAUAACAAAAUAUCGGUCGGACUAUGGGCAACAAGAGUAUUGACUAUACUUUUCACAGUGGGCUACAUUAUUCCAAUUUUUGGAAAUCCUUACAACGCUUACUACAAAAUCUUGAUGUGCAACGCAGCGACCAGUGCUCUUAGACUUCAUCAAAGACUUCCACGAGUACAAUUCAGCAGAGAAUUCUGGACACUUUUGGUCCUGGAGGAUUCAUGCCACAAUUUAUUCUACUCGUUAAUAUUCCUGUACGUCGCUCCAGCUUCACUCGUCAUUGCUCCUGUUUUGCUCUUCGCUAUCCUGCAUUCGGCUAGUUAUUCUCUCACUUUGCUGGACUGUCUAGGACAAAAUAGUUGGUGGGGAGCGCGGUUACUGAUCUCCCUAGUGGAAUUCCAAUCUAGGAACAUACUCAGACUGUGUGCAAUCUGUGAAGCCCUCCUGCUACCGUACACGAUAUUACUGAUCCUCAAUGGACGAGCCGGAUUACUGACGCCCUUCAUCUACUAUCAAUUUCUGGCCUUGCGUUUGUCUUCAAGACGCAAUCCGUUCACUCGCAAUCUAUUCCGUGAGAUUAGUAAUUCUCUGUCGGUCAUUUCAAACAAGCCUGGUACACCAGCUAUAUUGAAACGAGCGAUCACAUUUGUUAUAGGGCUAAUACAAAACAUGUCUCGCGUUCCCUAAUAAUAUCAUUUGUUAUUUAAUUCUACGUAUUCCUCGUUUUUCCAUUCUGAAUAAUAACAGAUAUUUUUUUCUUGCAUAAUCCAAAUUGGGAUACCUUUGGAUGUUCGAUGAUGUUCAAAAAGCGAACAAUUAAUAUAUUAAGAAGCUUCUGAAGAGGAUGGUUGUCACAUGUUGAAACAGAAUUGAAAAUAUUGUUUCAAGAUGAUUUUUAUAUUUAUUAGCAUCAUUGUUACAUCCCCACCCCCCCCUCCACUCUCAUUUUAUGAAUAAAAAGAAAUAUCUUAUCUUCACGAACUCUAUUCAAUAUUGGAAAGUAUUGAAUCGAUGACUGUAGAUUGGCCGAUGUAAGAAACCGCCUCUUUGGUACACCCUGCAAGAGUUUGAACAAUAGAUUUUGAGGAUCUUGACAGCAAAUCAUGAUAUUUUUGUAUUUUUUGUUUUGUUACGCAAUAGCAACUACUUAUCCAUUGAAAUUUAGCACAGAAUAUUUGCUAUGAAGAUUUGUAACAACUUUCUCAAUUAAUUUUCACAUUUUAAGCGCUUCUAGGUGUAUUAAUGUGUUAGUGUUGAACUUAACAAUCAUUAUUACUGAGAAAAAAAAAAAAUGAAAGCAAACCAUAAUGACCAACAUUCAAUAUCAUUAUAAGAUUGUAGUAAAGGAAACUUUGAACGCAGAGCAGAGUUGUGCAAAAUAUUUACUGCUCUUAUACGACGCAUGAAGAACAAUUCUAAUCUUCUAAAUUAUUCAGGAGUGUGUAUAAGACUACAACUAAAUCCAUUUGAUAUAUUGAUUCAUUACUCUGAACAUUUGAAUGUAAAAUAUAUCUUCGCCCCUUCUCUCGCUACUUCUCUCCCUUCAAAGUACAAAAAAAAAAAAUUUCGCAAUAUGUACGAAACUAAAGUACAUUCACAAGAAUCACCGAAACGUGCAUUCAUUAAGUUCUCAUGAUCUUGACAGUACACAAUUUUUUUUACCACUAAUUAUCGUGACUAAGAUAUCGUUGAUGAUUUGAAUAAUGAUUAACAAUAUCUAGAAAUUUCUUUUUCGAAUAUGAAACUAUAUCUCACUGAGAAUGUGAACAGAAUAAAAAUUUCAUACUACAUGUAAUUUAGUUGCAUAAUAUUUGGAAUGACUUUUUCAAACACAGAGUAAAAAAUGAAGAUAACAAAGUUAGAUGUACAGGCAAUCUAGGCUUAUUCAAAAUUUUUCUUAUUUUAAACAUUCGGUUCAAUUAUGCUUGAGAACGAUUACCUGAAAUUUUAGAACUAUAAGUAUACGGAAUCACGUAUCACUAUAAAUAAUCGAUAUCAAUUUACUACUGUGUAAGUGUAAGCAUAAUAAUAUUGCCGCUAGACACAAAGGCAUGAUAAUUAACACUUUUGCAUUCUAUCGAUAAUACAAUAUUAGUUAGUGUCUUGUUACAUAUUGAUAUUUGUAUGUAUAUUAUGAUUAUUCAAUUUAUCUUGUGGUCGCUGGAUAUUAUACCAUAAAUUUGUUUUUUUAAAUAGGUAA